AUGUCUUCCCCAGACAUCCCCAACAAACCAGCCAAUGGCAUCUCCUACUACACCCCAGCCCAAGAUCCCCCCGCUGGAACCGCAGCAAGUCCCCAAUCCGACGGCACAAAGCCUCCGAAACUCUUUCAACCCUUCAAAGUACGUGGCGUAACAUUCCACAACCGCAUUGGUCUCUCCCCACUAUGCCAAUACAGCGCCGACGACGGCCACAUGACAGACUGGCACGUGGCGCACUUGGGCGGCAUCGCGCAACGCGGUCCAGGAUUCCUCAUGGCAGAAGCAACCUCCGUCCAAGCAAAUGGGCGCAUUACACCGCAAGACUCGGGACUCUGGAAAGACUCGCAGAUCGAGCCGCUGCGCCGUGUCAUCGAGUUCGUGCACAGCCAGAGUCAGGUGAUGGGUGUUCAGCUUGCUCAUGCUGGGCGGAAGGCUAGUACUGUCGCGCCUUGGCUCAGUAAGGCGGACACUGCGACUGCUAAGGUCGGAGGAUGGCCUGAUAAUGUAAAGAGUCCCAGUAAUGUGCCCUUCCAUGCCAGUUUCCCGACACCAACCGCUUUGACGUUGGAGGAGAUUGAGGAGUUCAAGAGGGACUGGGUUGCUGCUGUUAAGCGUGCUCUGAAGGCUGGCGUGGACUUUGUUGAGAUUCAUAAUGCUCAUGGGUAUUUGCUUAUGAGUUUCUUGUCGCCUGCUACCAAUGAUCGGACUGAUCAGUAUGGUGGGAGCUUUGAGAAUCGUAUUCGGCUUUCGUUGGAAAUUGCCAAGUUGACUCGUGAGACUGUUCCCGAGAGCAUGCCUAUCUUCUUGCGUGUCUCUGCUACGGACUGGUUGGAAGAGUCAAUGCCUGAUACGCCAUCCUGGCGUGCGGAGGAUACGGUUCGAUUUGCAAAGGCGCUGGCCGAUGCUGGGACUGUUGAUGUGUUGGAUAUUAGCAGUGGUGGAAACCACGAGAAGCAGCAUAUCCAUGCAAAGGCUGCUUUCCAGGCACCAUUUGCCGUUGAGGUGAAGAAGGCUAUUGGAGAUAAGCUCAUGGUUGGCUCAGUCGGUAUGAUCGGUUCUGCUUCUUUGGCCAAUUCCCUGCUGGAGAACGAUGGGCUGGACUUUGUCCUUAUCGGUCGUGGAUUCCUCAAGAAUCCAGGUUUGGUCUGGGCUUGGGCUGAGGAACUUGAGGUUGAUAUUUCCAUGGCUAAUCAGAUUAGAUGGGGCUUUGCCAGUCGCGGUACUGGUGGCGGCCCUUACUUGCACAACAAGAAGCAGAAGCUUUAG